ACUGUUAAAAUUACAUAAGAAUCAAAGAUGGCAGCCUCCAUAAUAGCCAGAACAAUUUUAGCAGGUUCAUGCAGAAAAACGCUCUGUUUUGUUUCAGCAAAUUCGGGUCAUCUGAGGCCAUUGCAUCGACUCUCUUCCAGCGGCCCUCCAAUUGACCCUCCACCCACAGAAGAGAUAUCUAUCCCUGAAUGGAAGCAGCCAGUUGAUGAAGCCAUUGAGCUGCAACGAGCCAGACUACUGUACCAGAGCCGUAAAAGAGGAAUGCUGGAAAAUGGUCUCUUGCUCAGCACUUUCGCAGCUCGGUAUCUUCCAACAUUUGACAAGACACAAUUAGAGCAGUAUGACUUCAUGAUCAACAAGCCUGAUAAUGACUGGGAUAUAUUCCACUGGGUGACAGAUCACAAACCAACACCAGAGGAGUUCAAGAGUGAUGUGAUGGACCUGUUGAAGAAACACGUCAGUAAUGUGAAUAUGGAAUCCAGGAUAAGACAACCCGAUCUUCCAGAAGAUGAAAUCCGACAAUAAAUUGAGGAUCUUUAACUCAGGUCUAUGGUCAUUCAAUACCAACAUGGUUGGAUUUAGAUAGAUUGCUAUGCUUGGUCCAGUGAUAAGCAAUUGUCCUUAAAGGCAGUGGACACUGUUGGUAAUUACUCAAAAUAAUUAUAAGCAUGAAACCUUACUUGGUAACGAG